GGGCGGAAGGGGGCGGGCGGAAGAGGAGGCAGCGGAUGGCGGCGGCGGGCCCGGCGCGGGGAUGGAGGGCGGCGAGCCGGGCGGCGGCGGGGGACUCCUGCAGCAGAUCCUCAGCCUCCGCCUGGUGCCCCGCGUGGGCAACGGCACCACCACCUACUCCAGCCCCCUCUCCACCUUCCCAGAGAUGUGGUAUGGCGUCUUCCUCUGGGCUCUCGUCUCCUCCCUCUCCUUCCACGUCCCGGCCGCUUUGCUAGCGCUCUUCACGCUCAGGCAUCACAAGUACGGCAGGUUCAUGUCCGUGAGCCUCCUGCUGAUGGGCAUCGUGGGACCCAUCACCGCCGGCAUCCUGACAAGUGCUGCCAUUGCUGGAGUAUACAGAGCCGCGGGGAAAAAAAUGAUUCCCUUCGAAGCCCUCAUUUUAGGAGUGGGCCAGACGUUCUGUGUGGUGGUGGUUUCGUUUUUACGUAUUUUAGCCACCCUCUAGCUCUUCUUCAGACACUAGAGAACACAAAGCAAAGGAAGAGCAAAGGAUCUGCCACCUGCACCGCCUCUGAAAUAAAUCAAGCGGGAGCGCGACUUGAGGCGUGCCUCGGCGUGUGCUUUCUCCACUGGUUGAAGGAUACAUGAAGGCCUGCUCCUGCCUCCAGCAUGGCUUGAAAUUAAGCUAAAAAUUGUGAUUUUUGUUACUUUUUGGUAACAUUAAGUGCCAAGUGAAACUUUAUGUCUCUGGAGGAUAGGAGAAUGGUUUCUGGAGGAGGAUGCCUACAUACCUUUUACCAGUGAUGAAUUGUAGCAGCAGGGUGUAACUAGGAUGUUACACCGGUUGUUCUGGGGUAGAAAUAGUAUUACAGAAUGAUGCGAUGUUUUCAGAGCUCACUUAAUGCUUUGACCUCUUGCUGCUUUGUUUGCAGUGAACCUGAAGCUCUUUUAAUGUGAAUUUUUUUAAUGAGAAAAUUAAUUUUUUUCUUCCUGGCCCAAACUUCCUAAUACCAGGUCUUGGUUGUAGUGAAUUUGGGAGCAGCAAAAGGAAAAAUCAUUUUAGACAGAUGAAAGUGCAAAUUUGUGGCUGAGAGCUGUGACUAGGAAUGCUGUAGCUGGGGAAAUAACAGGCAUAAAAAGGAUCACUAUUUUUGUGAAUUUUAUUAUGGUUAAGCUCUUCGGGUGCAGUGUACCUUCUGCCCGAGAGGCAAAAGCACAGCUGAACGGGCGCCACGCUCCACUGCCCAUGCUAGAAAUCCCAGGGCGCGUGUGUGAGUGCGUACUGUUGCUUCAGGGGCUUUGAAGGAAACUCCUGUUUUUAAUCUUCUCUGUUCUCCUUUUACUUGCUGAUCAUGUUUACAUUAGUGUGGCGGAAUUGGGUGUCUUCACUGAUACAUCAACAUCGCUGGCCAGCUUACGUCAAAUUCAGCGCGCUGCUGCUUCAGCGACCGCGCUGGUGAGAGCUGCACCGCCGGCGGUGGGUUGUCAUGACUUGAGGCUUCCCAGGCGCAGAGAGAGGGAGCGCGCCACCUUUGCGGCAUGCAGCCUGCAGCGUGCCAGUGGGUGGGAUGCCUGCAGGGGUCCUGGGAGGAGCCUGGGUGAUUCCUGUGUCCAUCGGGGACAAGCCCUGUGAACGCAGCCCCAAACCAACCCUUACCUGCAGGCAGUGUGGUCUCCUAAUGAAUUGUUUUAGUUUGUUAUAUUUUAAGUGACUUUUAACUAACUCUUGGACCUACCCUUUUACCUGGAGGCAUGCCAUGCACCAGGGCUCUCAAGAUAGCUAGCUGGGCGCUUUCUGGGGGGCCCUUGGGGAAGCUGGGGUUGAAUCCCAAGGACGCAUCUCAGCCCCGUGGAUUUGUGUGAUUCUUGUUUGUUUAUUAACUGCUGACAUCCGUGCGGGCUGCUGAGGGAAGGCACUGUCUGUGUCCAGCCUCGCAGGACACUGUCUCUUUUUGCUGAACUCCUUUGGUUUCCAAAUGAGCUCGCCUCUUGUACCUGCAACUUUUUGCAAGGCCAGUUAUCUUCCAAGAACCCCGUGUCCUCUGUGCUGAAGCAGCACUCAACAGGGCACUGUGUUUGUCAUGAAAAAGAAUUUCUCUCUACGUAUUAACUUCUCUGGGGUGGGCUGUUGGCAGCUGAUGGCGAGAGGUGUUUUUCAGGAGCUACUUAUUGAGAUCACUCUAAAUUUUAGCCCAGGUUAAUUCAGGGAAUAAAGCUGUGCAUUUUAGGAAAGACUUUAAUGUGAAUUAUUCUCCUUAGGUGGGUGAGGUCCAGGCGGUAUAAUGUAUACUAAACCCUGGAUCUUCAGAGCACCCUGUGCUCUGUGCUGCUUGUCGAGAGCCAGCUUUCCUGCUGCGGCAUUCCCCCAGGGAAAGGUUGGGCCUCUCCUUCCCUCUGUGCUUCUGCCCGCAGUGAAAAAGCAGGAAUAAUGGUCCCUUUAGAUGUCUUUCCCCCUUCCCACUUGUUUUUUCAAAUGGCUGCAUGCACAGCGUGUGCCCCGAGUGUCUGGUUUAAUUCACACAAAUCAUCCUGUGUUUUCCUGGAUGGAUUAAAAGUCUCUCAUGGGACUUAGACUGGGUGAGUGUGGCCUUACCUUUCAGGGGACACUAGAAACCAGUGUCCUGGGCACCUGCUGUGCUCCCCUUUGACCCCUGUCCCAUCCUGGCAUCUUUCAGUAACCAGGACUAAGUUGAUUGCAACUGGGAAAGCACUUUAUCAGCGUGCCGUGGCACAGAGGUGGUUCCUCUGUAGUCAUGGGGCCGAGGCAUGCGGGACACAAAUCCGGGCUGUUAAGAGCUCAGAACAAAUGAAAAAAUAUCGCUUGACAGACUCGCUUGGUGGUGGGCGAACUGAAAACUUGCUGGUUUAUACCCAUUGUGAUCUCCCAAAGGCUGUUUUGAAGGGGAGGCUGCUUUACUUGAAGAGCUGGCAGCUUGGCCACUGGAUGUCGAGCAGUUGGAGCCGGUGGUGCCUCUCAGUGCCCAGGCACCAUGAAAUUUGCAGGGAAUUCUUGCAUAAAAGGUGAACAAAUCAGCUGCUGACUUGACAGGUGUUAGCACUGCGGACGACUUCUUUGUGUUGUCUUGGUACUCACUGAGCUUCCUCUGCUCCCCUGGCUGCCUUCCCGACCUCCCUCUCCGGUAAAACCAGAUCCAAACGGGAAGGAGUAGUCUUGAGUUGAUGCAUCAGACCAGUUGCUGCUGGGAGUCCCCUCCCUUCUCACUGCAUCGGUGUGGUCUUCCCUUUACGUUCCUUUAUCCUGCCUGAGGUGAGCGGAGGAAUCCCUUCGGUUUUCCUUGGGUGUCGGUAGACUUUGCUGGGUCAAACUUGCCAAAAACUACAAAGAGCUUGCAAAAAUAUCAAUGCCAGGGUGUCCCGGGCUGGGCAGUGCUGUGAAGCCCUGGGCAGGGAGCCCAGCCAGCAACGUCGGUCGAGGAAACACCUUGCGGAGAAGCCGCCUGCCCUGAGGAGCCAUCGCUGCUCGAGCUGAGGCUCGUGGCCCUGCUUUCUGCGUGCGAACAUCCCCCGUGCUGGCCUGAGGUAGAUACCACCCGACUUCCUAUCUCGCUAACGACUGUGGCUGUCACGAACAAAUCUUUGUAUGAUAGAAAACUCUGUAAAUUUUAUUUUUCUACUGACACUUCUAAUCCUGGUGGUGAUUUAUCAGUAAAUUCUGUAACGAUCGAGGUGAA